AUGGCCGAGGUAAUGGAAGCUUUUAAAAUUAAUGCUGCAGCUGCUACGAGAAACUAUACCGUCAAACCCCGCAUUGAUUAUCGAACUAUAGCUAGCGUAAAUGGACCUCUUGUUGUUUUAGACAACGUUAAGUUUCCUAAAUAUGCAGAGAUUGUAAAUUUAACAUUACCAGAUGGAAGUCGUCGUUCUGGUCAGGUUUUAGAAAUUCAAGGCAAGAGAGCGAUUGUUCAGGUGUUUGAAGGGACAUCAGGUAUUGACUCCAAAGCAACUCAUGUUGAAUUUACUGGCGAUACUCUAAAGAUUCCUGUAUCGGAAGACAUGUUGGGCCGUAUUUUUAAUGGUUCCGGGAAAGCUAUUGAUAAAGGUCCAAAAGUAUUUGCUGAGGAUUUUUUGGAUAUUAAUGGGUCUCCAAUAAAUCCAUAUUCACGUAUCUACCCGGAAGAAAUGAUUCAAACUGGUAUAUCAGCUAUAGAUACAAUGAAUUCUAUAGCGCGUGGUCAAAAGAUUCCAAUUUUCUCUGCAGCUGGAUUACCACAUAAUGAAAUUGCCGCUCAAAUAUGCCGCCAAGCUGGUCUCGUUAAAAAAGUUGACAAGGGUGUGUUUGAUGAUCAUGAGGAUAAUUUCUCUAUUGUAUUUGCUGCUAUGGGUGUGAAUAUGGAAACGGCUCGUUUCUUUAAACAGGAUUUUGAAGAGAAUGGCUCUAUAGAACGAGUCACAUUAUUUUUAAAUUUGGCUAAUGAUCCGACCAUCGAACGUAUUGUUACACCACGAUUGGCCCUUACUACUGCUGAAUAUUAUGCAUAUCAACUCGAGAAGCAUGUUUUAGUCAUUUUAACUGAUAUGAGUUCAUACGCUGAUGCUUUACGUGAGGUUUCUGCCGCACGUGAAGAGGUACCUGGUCGUCGUGGAUAUCCUGGAUAUAUGUAUACUGAUUUAUCUACUAUAUAUGAACGUGCAGGUCGUGUCGAAGGAAGAAACGAUAUUACCCAUCCUAUUCCUGAUCUGACAGGAUAUAUUACAGAAGGCCAAAUCUUUGUUGAUCGUCAAUUAUAUAAUCGUCAAAUUUAUCCGCCAAUUAAUGUUUUGCCAUCUCUUUCUCGAUUGAUGAAAUCUGCAAUUGGUGAAGGUAUGACAAGAAAGGAUCAUGGUGAUGUUUCCAACCAGCUUUAUGCUAAAUACGCCAUUGGUAGAGAUGCAGCUGCCAUGAAAGCAGUAGUAGGAGAGGAAGCUCUUAAUCAAGAAGAUAAACUCUCUUUGGAAUUUUUGGAUAAGUUUGAAAAAACAUAUAUCUCUCAAGGUGCAUAUGAAAGUCGAACAAUUUAUGAAUCAUUAGAUCAAGCAUGGUCGAUUCUUCGUAUUUUCCCAAAAGAAAUGUUAAAUCGUAUACCACAAAAAGUUUUGCAAGAAUUUUAUCAUCGUGAUAGAAAAUCGAAGGGAACUCUUAGGAGUAAAGCUUCGACAGAUGAAUGA